AUGAAUACUGUGUCAAAUACGUCGAUAAAUUCACUUGCUAAACGUGGAUCAGAAACUUCGAAUGCCUCAUUUAUUACAAUAGGUGAAUUUUCGAAGAUGGUAUGUCAGCCGGAGAAAAUAUCGAAAACCAAUGGUCUUUAUUGUCGCAUUUGUCUUGAAUCCAAUAAUAGUGAUGAAUUUAUAAGUCCUUGCAACUGUACAGGAACCAUUGGGAUACUGCACAAGCAUUGUUUGGAGAGGUGGUUAAAUAUUUCUCGAUCUAGGACAUGCGAAAUCUGUGGAUUCAAGUUUGAAGUUUCGAGAUGCUAUCCAACGUUUAGCGAAUGGAUAUGGUUUGGAGGGAAUGGAGAUGGAGUCCACCGUCGCAAGCAUUUGUGGACUGAUUUUAUUUGUCUGCUUCUAAUGCUACCUUUGCUGACACUAUGCGCAUGGCUAACUGUCUCUUCCAGUCAAGAGGAAAUUGGAACAAAUCAAAGAAGUUUCCCUUGGCAAUCGUUUUCUCUUGGAUUAUUGUGCAGUCUGUUACUGUUAGUGUUCACCAUUUGGUUAACGUUUUCUGUUAGAUAUCAUCAUCAGUCAUGGAGGAUAUGGCGUGUAGAUCAAAGUUAUAUUGUUCUAUCUGGAAAUGUCAACAAAAAUAAAAUUAUGAGUAUAAAAUGUGAUUUGGAAAGUCAUAAUGCAACUGUUCGUCCAAAUAUCCUAAAUGAAAAUCAACCCAAACAUCUUGUAACCUGCAGAUAUACUGAAACGGAUAUGGAACAUGAUCAAGUUUCAGAAGAUACCAAUAAAUUAUCAAUUGAUACAUUGAGGCAGAAUUCCUUAAAUAACACUGAGAACUAUUGCUUGCCGAUUUGCAGCUCUAGUUUGGAUAUCCAUCAUUAUUUGAACUAUGUUUUAGAGAAUGAUACGAAGGAAUCGUGCAGCGAAAACAAUAAAGUGACGCUUAAAGGUGAACGAGAAGAUGAUUGUUAUAAUUCUGAACCAGUCACCAAUGAAACACAAGCAACACCAGUCUUCAAUUCCUUAUGCUUAACUGUAACACCACCAACAACUUCAGAAAAUAAUCCAGUCAAUGAAACAAUAAGUUGA